AUGGCCGGGAGCUGUAGGAUUAUCAGCGCCUCAAUAGCUCAGCUAGUGCUGAGGGGCCGGGGAGCUGCGCUACUGAGGAGAGGAGUGCCCGGGGUACAGAGCUGUCUGCUGGGAAGACUGCCGGGGAGCGUGCAGGCCCCGGGGCUGAGCAGGCCGUACAACGCUGCCUUCUGCACCAACUCACAGGAUUCUGGUGAUUUACGUGCAGUUGAUGAGUACCCUGCCUUAUCAGAGUAUGAUCCACAUGCUAUAACUGGAGUCCCAAAGAAGAUGUUCAUUGUGCGUGCUAGAGGGCUACCUUGGUCUUGCACUGCAGAGGAUGUGCUUAAUUUUUUUUCUGAAUGCAAUGUUUGUAAUGGUAUAGAUGGGGUUCACUUCAUCUUCAACAGAGAUGGUAAACCACGAGGAGAUGCAAUCAUUGAAUUUGAAACAGCAGAUGACUUGAUGAAAGCUUUGGAACAGCACAAAAAGUACAUGGGGCAACGCUAUGUGGAAGUGUUUGAAAUGAGCCUCAAGGAUGCAGAGCUACUACUGCAUAGAAUCCAGACUUCUAUGUCACCGACUAGAAUGUCAUCAAUGUCCCAGACUGCACAGGCAUUGCCUGCUAGUCCAAAUGAUGCCACAGUGAGGCUUCGUGGUUUGCCCUUCAGCUGUACGGAACAGGACAUCAUCAAUUUCUUUUCAGGACUGAGCAUUGCAGAUGAAGGGUAUAACUUUUGUUUUGGACCAGAGAGGACGUAAAUCUGGGGAGGCAUUUGUACAGUUUGUCUCACAAGAAAAUGCUGAAGAGUCACUUCUGAAACACAAGCAAGAAAUUGGCAGCAGGUAUAUUGAGAUAUUUCCAAGCAGAAGAAGUGAAAUUCAAAAUGCCCGCCUGAAUUUUAGAAGAAAGAAAGCUGUUACAUUUGCCCCUACCAUGAAAGACUUUUAUGAACCAGAUAUCUCCCUUAACCAUGCUAGUAAAGAUAUGCAUGCUGAUUACUUUUCAGCUGUACAGACCACCAAAUAGGAGAGUAUGUAAAGGAGAUGUCUGGCAAGUGUAUGGAUUCUCAGGACUUCUCAGUAGGAUUACCUGUCCAUGAUAUCCACAUCAGAGGGCUCCCAUUCCAUGUAUCUGGGCAGGAUAUUGCCAAUUUUUUCCAUCCUGUCAUGCCCCUGAAGAUUAAUAUUGAGUUCAGUGCGGAUGCAGGGGGUACUUCUGGGGAAGCUGUUGUAAGAUUUCUGACUCAUGAAGAUGCCAUAGCUGCCAUGGCCAAAAACAGAUGUCAUAUGCAACAAGGAUAUUUAGAACUUUUUCUGAAUUCGUCACCAGAUGCUAAAUGA